GUUGUAGCGUGGUGAUCUCCAGCAGGAAGCUGGAGAGGUUGGAGGCUGCGGCUCAGCAGAUGAGAAGAAAAAUUCCCGCCUCCAGUCCUGCAUGUGUCACUCCUCUACCGUGUAACAUCCGAAACGAGGACGAGGUGAAGGAUCUCGUGUCGACGGUGCUGAAGCGGUUCGGCAGGAUAGACUUCCUGGUGAAUAACGGCGGAGGUCAGUUCAGCAGCCCUGCAGAGCACAUGACCCCCAAAGGCUGGAGAGCCGUCAUCGACACCAACCUGACGGGAACUUUCCUCUGCUGCCAGGAGGUCUACACGGCGUGGAUGAAGCAGCACGGAGGCGCGAUCGUCAACAUCAUCGCCGACAUGUUUAAAGGUUUCCCGGGCAUGGCACACACCGGGGCGGCGAGGGCGGCCGUGGACAACCUCACAAAGAGUCUGGCCAUCGAGUGGGCGGCCUCGGGAGUCCGAGUCAACGCUGUUGCACCUGGAACGAUCUUUUCCAAAACCGCCAUGGAGAACUACAAGGAGCUCGGACCGACCAUUUUCAAGAUGGCGGCCCCGUUCAGUCCCGCCAAGAGGCUCGGAGUCCCAGAGGAGAUCUCUUCAUCAGUGUGUUUCCUGCUCUCUCCUGCCGCCUCCUUCAUCUCUGGAGCCACUCUGAGGGUCGAUGCCGGACAGAGUCUGUACCACUCCAUGUGGGAGAUACCAAGUACGAACGCAGCGCUAAAGCAUCUUUACAGUAUAUUAUAAU